AUGAUGGAGGCAGCGCUGCUGCUCCUCCUGGGCCUCGCGGUCGCAGCCGCGUCGACGUGCGCGGACGAGCCGCUCUGGGUCGACGGCGUCGCGACGUCCUGCGCGGACGCGGCGCUGGACUGCGGCGCCUGGUUCUGCCCCACGUGCCCGUACGCCCACGCCUGCGACAGACACUGCGGCUACUGCGGCGGCUGCGGCGUCGGCGAGGUCGAGGACUGCGCCGGCGUCUGCCUCGCGGCCGAGGACUGCGCGCUCGCGGACUACGGCUACGCGACCUGCGACGACUGGCGCGGCAGCGGCUGCUGCGAGGCGGGCGGGCUCGUGUCGGACAACGGCUUCGCGCCGCGCUUCGACUGCGCCGAGUUCGGCUGCGACGGCGGCGACUGCGAGAGUUGCGAGGGAGAAGACACGACAGUUAUCGGCGGCGCGCCGCGCGCGCCCUGGUGCCUGCUGCUGACGGCGACGGUGUGUCCCGCGAGAGACAUGACGCACACGGCGCGGCGCGAUCCCGCGCUGCGCCGCGGCGACUACGAGCGCGCGCUGGCGCGCUGGGCCAACGGCACGUCGUUGCCCGUGGUGCUCGUGGAGAACAGCGGCGCGCACCUCGGGAGCCUCCGGGACGCGCACCGCGGCGCGACGUUCGUGUCGUUCGUCGACGGCACCGUCGACGCGGCCAAGGGCAAGGGCCACGCCGAGGCGCGGGCCAUCCGGCGGGCGCUGGACUCGGGCAUUUUGGAUGGCUGCGAGCGCGUGGUGAAGGUCACGGGGCGCUACUUCCUGGAGGGGCUCGACGCGGCGCUAGAAGCCGUGGACCCGGCGGCGGCGCUCGUCGUCCAGUCGGCGCCGUCGCCCUGGCAGAUGGCCGACGGCGUGCUGCGGAGCGAGGUCGUCGGCUUCCGCAACGAGGCCGGCCUCUUCGACGGCGUCUUCGGCGGCCAGGACGAGGCGCGCGGCGCGCCCAUGGAGCGCGUGCUCUUCGUCGCGGCGAACGCGCUCCGCGACGCGGGGUUGGUCGUGGCGGAGCUGCCCCGCCUGGCCGUGCCGGAGACGAUCAACGCGGAGCACAAGCAGGUGAUCACGGAGCUGUAA